AUGUCCGCCAAACUACCCAUCGAAAUUCUCAUAAUCGUUUUCGAGUUGUUGGCCAGCUCAUCGCUUAACCAUGCUUAUACCCUCGCCUUGGUAGCUUCCUGGACUAGAUCUAUCGCAGAGAAGCACCUAUACUCGACCCUUUGCGGCACUACUUGGGAGCAUGACAGCGCCAUCCGCCGGCUUAUGUGGGGCGACAACGACGCGUGCCGUCGUCAGGCCAAAUAUGUUCGGAGCCUAUGGUUAGGGCCCGCCGAUGUUUACGCCACGGACAUCCCGCACCUACUCCAAAGUUUCCCAAACUUGCGCAACUUGGCCUGCGACAGGUUGCGUGUGAAUUCGGAUACGACAAAUGAGGAAGAGAUGGAGGCACAUUCUCCCAAAAUGUUACGCCAGAAGGCAUCCCGGAUGAUACAGGGUGGACCAUUCCACUUGACACUCAAAUCUCCCAUGAUCAGCGAAAGUGAUCCCUUCAUCCUCAACUUGAUCACCCAUCUGCGCGUCAUGGCGAAUGGCUGGCAGCAGCUGGAUCUUAGACACACGUUCCGUCACGAUCUAGCAUGCUUCGACAGCCUCACCCACCUCGCCGUCACUAUGCAUCACGCCACAGUCCGCAGCUUGCCGGCCAUUCAAAAGAGGUUUAGCCUUGAGAUGUUGGUGGUAGAGGGCGACGAUCGCUACGGUGGUCUCUUCAGCCCUCUAGUGACCUGGGUAAAAGAUGUGCGCCUGCAAGAUAACCAUAUCUACCUGGUUCCUCGCCGCGAGGAUAGAUGUGCAUCGCAAUGGGCAGAAGAUGCUCAUGGGGGAAGUAGCAUAUGGGAACGAGCAAGAGCAUUCACCGAACAGAUCGACCGAGAAGGUUGGACGCUUGAAGGCCAGCGGCAAUCACGGGCAGGCAAUGAACGGGGGAUCCUUACCGGAAACGAGCCUGUAGGCUACACCGCAUCAAUGUUCCGGCAUUCAGUCAUCGGGAUUUGGGCGAAGAAAAUGAUCUCUUUCCGGAAAUAG